AUGCGGCCACAACGGGAGUAUCAUAUCGUCGUUCUCGGCGCUGGAGGAGUGGGCAAGAGCUGUCUUACUGCUCAAUUCGUACAGAAUGUGUGGAUUGAGAGCUACGACCCUACAAUCGAAGAUUCCUACCGCAAGCAGAUCGAGGUAGACGGCCGACAAUGUAUUCUGGAAAUACUGGACACCGCAGGAACAGAACAGUUCACGGCCAUGAGAGAGCUAUAUAUGAAGCAAGGACAGGGAUUCCUGCUUGUAUUCUCCAUCACGAGCAUGUCGUCCUUGAACGAACUAUCCGAGUUACGAGAACAGAUCAUCCGCAUCAAGGAGGACGAAAAAGUGCCCAUUGUGAUUGUAGGCAACAAGUCCGAUCUUGAGGAAGACCGCGCGGUGCCGCGCGCCCGCGCUUUCGCUCUCUCCCAGAGCUGGGGCAACGCCCCGUAUUACGAAACCUCGGCUCGUCGACGAGCCAACGUCAACGAGGUCUUUAUUGACCUCUGCCGACAGAUCAUCCGAAAGGACCUGCAAGGCAACUCGAAGAAUGACGAAUCCUCCCGCAAACGCGAGAACCCCAACCGGGGCGACAAGAAGAAGGAUAAGAAGCGGCGCAAGGGCCCUUGCGUGAUCUUAUAA